AAGAGGAGAGAGAAAAUAUCGAUUUACGGCAAGAAAACCGAAGGGAGUAUAAUACAGGGGGCCUUUACCCUGCGUGAACUAUAAUCAGAAGUGAGGAGGGGAAUAAGGCAGUCGAUAUUAGUGCGGGUUAAUCUGCGGGCAUCUCUCUGUGUGUUUUUUACCUGAGUAUCCGCCGGUGAGGGAGGAGGACACGCCAAAGGAGAGAGGAGAAGAUGCUGUGAUCCGCUACUUGCAGCAGGGAUGUAGAGAGGGAGCGACGGGGAGAGGCAGGGAGGGGGAGGACUACGCUCCGCUAAAGGAUGGUUGUUUUGCGAGGAAAUAUUGCGAGAAUGCGGCGGCUGUGUGAUAAAUUUUACCGUUUGGCGAUGUCCGGAAACUUCAGGAGCUGUCGGUUUUUUUGACAGGCGGCACGAGCGCGACGGCCGUUGGUCAAGGCGUUGAAGCUAAAGCUAGCCUCGCUGCUGUGUGGGAGAGCGGCGGCGAGGCUAAAAUAGCAUGUUGUUGCACCUGUAAAAUAGGCCUGAAAGAGAGAAAUAAAUAGAUUUUAUUUUCAUUGCUAACAUCUACUUGACAUAUUAGAUGUUUGGCUGGUAUACUCGACCGGCUAAUAAUAAAUAUUUUCCCAGUAGACGUGAAUAAACUUGUUUAUUCAAGGCUAAUAUAUAAAACGUCAACGUUCCUAUGCGAUAAUUUUCUUAUUAACCGUCAUAUACAGUUAUCGUCGUGCAAGUUCAAAUAAGCUAAUGUACAGAUGCGAGGGUUACCCACCUUGCAAUGUUUAUCUUUAUAGUCAGUAUUAACGCAUAAAACAGCCUAAUAAUUUACUGUCAUUUUAGUUUUCCGCUUUUAUCUAUCAAUAGUGAGCUUUUUUGUUAAAUAACAACGUUAUACAUGUUUAAUGUGCUUCAGAAGAAAUACCAAGCCAUGUUUGUUAGCCAGGUUUAAGCGAAGAAUGUCCAUUCAUCAUCCAGAUGUUUUAUAUUCUUUACAUGUUCACCCCUAACACCAGAGUAGCAGUGUUAUCACUGAAAACAAAGUAGUCCCUUAUCUAUGUUCAACACCAUCCUGUAAGCCACAGUAACUAUAAGCUGUAAAAUAUCACAGUUAUUGCAAUAAAAUCGUGCAGUAGAAGUAGUAGUAGUAGUGUAUUAGCCUCCAGUAAGAGCAGUAUGAGUAAGGAACUGUCUCUAAGUCAGUCAGCUCAAUAUGUUGGGCCCUACCGACUGGAAAAAACACUGGGGAAGGGUCAGACGGGACUGGUCAAGCUCGGGGUCCAUUGCAUUACGGGUCAGAAGGUAGCGAUUAAAAUAGUCAACAGAGAGAAGCUGUCUGAGUCAGUCUUGAUGAAGGUUGAGAGGGAGAUUGCCAUUCUCAAGCUGAUCGAGCAUCCGCAUGUGUUGAAGCUGCAUGAUGUUUACGAGAAUAACAAAUAUCUGUACCUGGUGUUGGAGCAUGUGUCAGGCGGAGAGCUGUUUGACUACUUGGUGAAGAAGGGGCGGCUGACUCCAAAAGAAGCUAGAAAGUUCUUCAGGCAGAUCAUCUCUGCUUUGGAUUUCUGCCACAGUCAUUCCAUAUGUCACAGAGACCUGAAGCCUGAGAACUUGCUCCUGGAUGAGAAAAACAACAUCCGUAUCGCUGACUUUGGCAUGGCCUCCCUACAGGUGGGAGACAGCCUGUUAGAGACCAGCUGUGGGUCACCACAUUAUGCUUGCCCUGAAGUCAUACGGGGGGAAAAAUAUGAUGGCAGGAGAGCAGAUGUGUGGAGCUGUGGGGUCAUCCUUUUUGCUCUACUGGUGGGUGCCCUGCCUUUUGACCAUGACAACUUACGCCAGCUCCUGGAGAAAGUGAAGAGUGGUGUGUUCCACAUGCCCCACUUCAUCCCCCCGGACUGCCAGUCCCUGCUCAAGGGCAUGAUUGAGGUCAACCCUGAAAAAAGGCUCUCGCUGGAGGCCAUCCAGAAACAUGCCUGGUAUCAGGGUGGUCGUAAUGAGCCGUGUCCCGAACAGCCUCCUCCCCGGCGAGUGUGUGUGAGGAGAAUCCUGUCCCUGACAGAGCUGGACCCAGAUGUGUUAGACAGCAUGCACUCGCUGGGAUGUUUCCGAGACCGAGUCAAGCUAACGCGUGAUCUGCAAUGUGAAGAAGAAAACCAGGAGAAGAUGAUCUAUUACCUACUGCUUGACAGGAAAGAGCGCUAUCCAAGCUAUGAGGAUGAGGACUUGCCUCCACGCAAUGACGUAGCAGACCCUCCUAGAAAGCGCGUUGACUCUCCCAUGCUGACGCGUCACGGUCGCUGCCGCCCUGAGAGGAAAAGUCUGGAGGUGCUGAGUGUUACUGAACAGGGGUCUCCUACCCCACCUCGCAGGGCUCUGGACACAGCUGCACACAGCCAGAGGUCUCGCUCUGUCAGCGGAGCGUCAACCGGACUCUCCUCCAGUCCUCUCAGCAGUCCCAGGUCCUAUCAGAGCCCCGUCUUCACUUUCAGCCAAUCAGAUGUCACCUCUGCCACCGCUACCCCUCUCACAAAGGAGCCCAAACAGGGAAGCACCACCACUCCUCGCUCAGCUCGGGCUCACGACAAGCCCAAAGCUCCCCCUAAUCCAAAGACCCAGACCCUGCCCACCAAGGGACCCGCCGAGCGACCCCACCUGCAGCCCAUCAAAUCCCUGCCUCUGCACAACCCAUCCUCCCGCUCACCCUCCCCUUCUCCGCUCCUGUCACCCAUUCCCCGUUUUUUCUUCCCCUCGUCCUCUGUCCUAAAGUCAGUGACUAAGAGCUUCUACCCAAACUCUGCCCACUCUGUGCCGCAGGUCACCCCCCAGGGCUCUCCGUUGCCCACGCCCCUGGGCACCCCUGUCCACCACCCUCACCACCCCUCCUCCACCCCGCCCUCCUCUUCCUCGUCCUCAUCCUCCUCGCGGGCGGAGGGAGGGGGAGGGGUGGGCUCGCUGUCACUGACCCCACCCUCCAGUCCAGGAGGGGGAAGCGGCAUGGCAGCCAGCAGCUCCGCCCACUGGAGGACUCGUCUCAAUUCUUUCAAGAACAACCUGCUGGGAUCGCCGCGUUUCCAUCGCCGCAAACUGCAAGUUCCUACAUCAGAAGACAUGUCAAGUCUAACACCAGAAUCCAGCCCAGAGCUGGCUAAGAAGUCCUGGUUUGGAAACUUCAUUGGCUUGGAGAAAGAGGAGCAGAUCUUUGUGGUGAUCAGAGACAAACCUUUGAGUUCUGUCAAAGCAGACAUCGUCCAUGCCUUCCUGUCUAUCCCGUCACUCAGUCACAGCGUCCUUUCCCAGACCAGCUUUCGAGCCGAGUACAAGUCCUCAGGCGGUCCCUCCGUCUUCCAGAAGCCCGUCAAGUUCCAGGUGGACAUUGCUUUUUCCGAAGGCGAGAGGGAGAGGGACAGGGAGAGGAGCGAGAGGGAAGGCAGGAGGGAGACGGGGAUCUACAGCGUCACGUUCACACUCAUAUCAGGUCCGAGUCGCAGGUUCCGACGAGUGGUGGAAACGAUUCAGGCUCAGCUUCUCAGCUCUCAUGAUCAACCCAUGGUGCAAGCCCUAUCUGAUCCCUUCCCAGAUGAGAAGAACGGCCGACCCCACGGGACCCCCACCCGCCAAAACUCGAGGCGUUCCGAGGGUGGGGGCGACAGGUGCGAGUGGGGUGACCGGGCAGAUGGCGGAGGAAUCGGAGGCAGUGGGGGAGUUCUGCAGCGCAGAGGCUCAGCGAAAGAGAGAACCCGACUGCUGUCCUCCAAUGGAACCCAGUCCCAGCCGUAGGUUAGAAAGUGAGACCACACAGCAGGAUGCCUGAACUACUCCCAGACUGAAGACAGUGUAACUCCAUCUUCAAGCAUCCCUGCAAGCCAUGAGCUACACCUUUUCUUCCUUGACUGAGUUACUGAAGAUGCUUGACCAUAGCAAGGAUUGAGCCUUUUUCCUCUGUCAUGCUUUUUUUUCCCAACUCAGCAUACUUUUGAUCUUUUGGAUCACCCGGAUUCCUACCCUUAAACGAGAAGAAGGAGUUAAGGAAUCACCCUUUAAUGAAAAUAAUACCAUUUGAAUGAGCAGUUUGGUAUCCUUCAUAGAUACAGCUUCACAGAUCAAACAAACUAGGAAUUUUGAAGUGCUAAUGUGCAUGCCAGUUAGCAAAUCAGCCUGCUAAAGGAUGCUGAAAUGAUCAGAUAGGCUAGUCGAUCAUAUCAUCAUAAUACAGUACCUGACACCAAAAAGAGUUUCUUAAAUUAACCAGUGCGCUCAUAUCAUUAUCAAGCAACAUGCAAAUACCAGUCCUUACUGACAGAAUUAUAGAUGUACCCUAAGAGUUAGCAAAAAGGUCCUGAUUUUCUCAGGAGAAACGUCAUCCUGGAGCUCCAGCAGUGUCUUCUCCUAAGGUAAAGAAAACCAUCAAAGUAAGCUAAGUAAGUGAAUGUGAAAAAGAUAUUUUUUUAUUUACUUUUAUUUAUGUUUACAUGUUUAUUUGGGCGAUGUCAGUAGCACAGACAUAGCAGUAAAGUCAGACUGAAAACACUCUGCAGUGUUGAAGAGGAUUGGGAAGCUGACCAGUUUUGAUUCUUUUUCUAUUUUCUUUUUACUCAGAGACAAUACCAAACAAUGCGCCUGAGAUUUUGGCAUUGGACCCCUGUUGCUCUGAAGAAAAGUAUUUUUGAUUUGAACAGAAAUAUGAACAUUACUAUAUGAAAAUAAAAAACACUAUGCGUGAAUAGUUCCAUGAACCUCAUCACAGCUGUUUGUGCCCCGAUUGAAUGAGAAGAGCGAUCAAACAAGAAGCCACCUUUCUCAUCGAGCUUGUCUCCAAUCGCCAUAGUAUUCACAUACUGACUCAUACAACAAAAAAAUUACUAAAAAUAAAAGGAUACUCAUAAAUGGACAACACCCAACGCCGGAUUUUAAAGGCUUGCGAUGUCAGUUUCCUUGUUGAACGGGACUUCAAAAGUUGGAAGCAAGCAGAAGAGUCUCCUAGUCCUAACCCCCCCACCUCAUGCUCCUCACGUCAGUGUUCACCAACGAGCCAAGUAGUCCAUCGCUGCACCCUUGCUCACCCACGGAGAGUCGCCCCAUGUCUGCAAGCAGACGUAGCAGCUCUGGAUGGUCAUGUUAGAAUACUCCAGCACUCUGUCAGACUAGUCAAUGUUCAUCACCAGUCUUCCAUACAGCACAAUAUGCAACAAAAGUGCAGAAUGUUUUCAGUGAGAUAUAUGCUACUGUUGUGUUUAUUUUGAUCUUUUUUAAAUUUAUUUAUUCACAUAUCUGUCCAUUAUGUUGUUAAAUUAUAUUUAUUUAUACAUAUUUAUUUAUUUAUUCAUAUUUUAUUUAUUUAUUUAUACAUAUUAUUUAUUUGUAUUUUGUCAAUUCAUUCAUGUUAUUUAUUUGGUCACUUUAAUGUUUCAUGUACAUGAUUAUGAAUUGUGCUGCUGAAAUAUACCCAGAUCUAAUUUAAAGCUCCUGGGGGAAACUUUUAGCUUGUGUUGAUUUUAGCACUCCUUGUGGUCAAAGUGCUACAUCUUACGUCUUUGCUUUUUUCCUUUACAUGUGAUUUUUUUUUUGUUUAUUUGUUUUUACAUAAAUAUCACAUCCUUACUUUUUCAACCGUCAUAUGCUAUGCUUGUAGAGAAUUUUUCAGUUUACUAGAUAAAAAGCUGUCAUUUUAUCACUUUUUCUGGCACCUUCCCCAUGGCAAAAGUUUCAUACAUCAAAAGUAACUGCCUAGAAAUAGUUAGUCGUCAUGUUGAUUACCUUUUUGCUUUUAUAGGUCCUAAAAAGACAUAAUUAUUCAUUCCAGCCUGUUUCAUAAUCACCCUAAAAAUCCUCACAGGAGCUUUAAGAAGCCAGUUCUAUAUUAUUUCACAUUUACACUCCUUUCCAUGCUAAACUCUAGUUGCAGUAAUGACUAGUUGUACUCAUCUUACUUCUCUGUUGAUAUUUGUUUACGUCUCAUGUUUUUAAUGACAUUUAUCUCUGCCAACAAGAGUGCGUGGGUUAUGACAGCUGAGCGUGAGUGAGCUGAAAACUUUGCGGCAGCUGCAUUUUGAGCUGAUUACGUUCCAGAGAUUUCGACUGACCCCAGGAAUAUCAAACUGAAAUAACAUAUUCAAACCCUAACAGGCAAGAUUUCUCUCUCACACACACGUUGAAUGCUUGCUAAUUUUGCUCCAUCUCUUGCUUUUUAAUGCCUUGUCCCUUCUACCUGUCUGUCUGCCUCUUCACCUGUCGUGUAGCCAUCAUCACAAGAGAAACUGUACAAAGUUGUUUGCCUCACAGUCCGUACACUCUUUAUGAUUGCUCACCAUCACCACUCUCAUCUCUAUCACAUCACUUUCACUUUCAUUGACCCGAACUCUGGCUAAGAUUGUAAACUAUUCUCCAUUCAUAAGGGUCAGUAGAAUAAGGUGUUUAAAAAAGAAAUGUCUGUAUCAUAAUUUAAAUAUAAAAAGUGCACUAUUAUAACUAUUGCCUGUGAUAAAAAGAACAAUUAUGAUUGAAGUGAUGGUCAAAAUAAAGAGAGAUCCACCUUAUUGUUAUGGUUACAAUA